AGAGCCGCUCCAUCUGUCCUCGAUCAGCCACACUUUCUGCCAGUCAAUCACGUUGCUUUCAUGCAAGCCUCAACUGACCCCCAGUCGUAGUCGGGCAAUGCGUUCUUGGUGCCACUGCCACCACACCAUAUAUACUUAGCUUCCUCGUUGUGCAAUGCACUAGUCUAGUAUACUUACUUUCCAUGGCGGCGUCCCCCCACCUACUCGUCUUCCUCGUUGUGGCGCUCGCGGCCAGCGGCAGCAACGGCGCCGUCGCCGCUGCGGGCGACCAUGACGAUGUGCAGCUGCGGAAGGUAGACCUGUCACAGGCCAUCGAGGUCCUUUCCCGCUACCGCCCGGAGACCACUGAUGCAGAGACCCUGAAGCGGGCCGUGGCGGUGGUGAACCGGGAGGCGCAGCGGUACUGGAAGCCCAUCUUCAACAACGUCAACAAGGUGAUGCACAGCGGCGCCAACGACUGCACCAAGGAGGAGGCGUUCGCCGCGGCCAAGGCGCUGCUCAACCGCGAGCUCGGGCAAGGCCCGGACGCCAUCAAGAUGGACUUCGAGUACGUGUGACCUGCGUGCACGCAUGACACAUCGCCACCUCUGGCUUUUUUUUUUUCUUUCCCUUGGGCCUUAGCGUCCCCUGUCUUUGUCUGCUGUUGUUAGUCCUCGUGCUGCCUGCUGUGGCCUGUCGCACUUGUCUGAGCCUUCCAUUUUCCUUGUCGACGCCUGUUGUGAUUGUGCUUGCCUGUAGCUUGUGUUCCCUUAAUCAGCGAGGUGGGUAAGCUUAUUUCGUUGUUA